GGCGGCGUCGAGCUCGUCGGGCGCGGCCGGCCACACGUCGCGGACGUACGCGGCCAUGAACGCGCGGAGGUCGGGCACGGUGCCGAGGCGCCCGUCCGCCACACACAGGACCGACUCUGCAGCCGCGGCGCGCGCAUCCGACGCGGCAGCACGCGCCAACGCAUCCUCCAACUCUCGACGCAAGCGUGCGUUCUCUUCCUCGGCCAUAGUGGCGUGGGGAGCGAGUUGAGUGUCGAACAUGUGCCACGUGGGCCAGCGGUGCGUUGGCGCGCGCCUGAUCAAAGUUUUGUUCGGCGCGGGUGGGCGGGGGCGGCGGCCGACGGCGCCAUCGGGCUCGUCCCCAGUGACUCCCCACGUCACCACAGCCACAGCCAACGUCUUGUCUUUACGGUGCGAGUAGCCCCGUACGCCGGACUGCCAUGUCCGAGUCGUCAACUCUGCCCUCCGGCAGCGGCAGCGCGUCGUCGUCCGACUCCGACUCGCCAUCACCCGCCGCCGAGUCCCACCCGCCACUCGCGGCCGGCUCGGGUUCGGCAGCAGGCUCGAGCCGGCCGCCGACGGCGUUGGUAGAGUCAGGGACGGCAGGCCGCGUCACGCUCGAGCGGGUGACGGGCGCGCAGGUGGAGGCCGUGAGCAACUCGAUCGCCCAGGGCGGCAACCUGCUGUACAAGAGCAAGAUGGCGCCGAUCGCGUCGAUCUUCACCGAGUUUGACGUAAAGUACGGGAGCGAGUUUGCGAGCGACGACGCGGCGGUGGCGCGGGUGAGCCGCGAGAGCCUGCCGCUCGUCUUUGAUCUGCUGCCGCCGGAACGGGCGACGGCGAUGACGGUGGACGAGCUGGAGGACGCGGCGCUCGAGGUGUGGGCGCGGCUCGAGACGCCGACGCAGCGGCUGGCGUUCCUCUGGUACCCGCACGCCGACGCGCCGCAGCGGUACAAGGGCGCCGACGUCGAGCCGCCGGGCAAGAAGCCGCUCGCCGUGUGGGAGAUCAAGCGGGGGACGGCUGAGCCCGUGGUCCGGCUCGUGCCCGUGCCGGAGAUCUACGAGCUGACGGGCGCCGAGGUGGUGGACAUCUGCAACGCGGCGUCGUGGUCGCAGGCCGAGUUGAAGGCCGUCGGCGGCUGGCUGCGGCACGCGAUGCGGUGCGGCGACGGCGCCCUGCGCCUCAACAUGCUGCGGCGCGUGCAGACGACGCUGCUGCUCGUCGAGCUCGCGCGCGCGCCGCCGCGCUCGCUCUUGGGCCUCCACACGCACCGGCGCGGGGUGCUCGCGCAGGCGAACGUGGCGCUCGAGCACGAGGUCGACUCGCACACGGUGUUCAACUACAUGCUGCGGUGCAGCGACGUGGUCGACGUGGUGGGCGGGGUGGAGGGCGAGGCUGAGGGCGGCAGGGCGCGAGUGGUGGACCACGUGGUGAGCGACACGACGCAGAGCCUCGCCGUCCAGCUCCAGCAGCUGCUGCGGAUCUCGGACGCGCAGCCGGAGGAGCUGAUAGCGGCGCUGUUGGAGCAACAGCAGUAGCGCCGCUACGCA